CUUUAAAGAAUUUUUUAUUGAAAACGUAGUUUUUAAAAAUUAUUUUUAAAGUUUUCAUAUUCUUUAUUUUGUUUUAAUGUUUCUUGUAUUUUAAUUUUAACCUCUUCUCAUGCGUUCUGAUUGUUAAGCUUAUAAUCCAUGGAUUCUAACCUUAAGUCAGAAUUGAAAAAACAUUUCAGUAAUUAUGAAAUGCUCAUGAUUGACCUUGAUGGGCUGUUUUUGAAAUACCACAACUUUAAAUGUUCAAUGAGUACCUCUUUUGAUGGCCAUAGGCUCAAUAUUGUUGGACUUGUCCCUUAUACAUUUUCUGGAUUUACCGUCAACGCACCUUUGGUGAUUCAGGUUCUCUCUGACUAUCCAUUCAGUACACCUUUAUUCUGGAUUCGAGGCCAUAAUAUAAAAAUAGUUAAAAAUCACCCUAAUGUUGACCUUCGUGGGAAUGUAACUCUGAAGUACUUGGAUGAAUGGAACCACACUAGCAAAUUGGUGCAAGCCGUUGACUGCUUGCAUUAUGCCUUUAACAAAAUGUCACCUAUUCUCACCUUCUCAAACUCUCCAGAGACUAUUUUAAAAGCUCAAUUGCCACAAUCCCCUCAUCAAAUUCUAAACCAGCCAAUGCCUGAAAAUCCAUUUGGUAAACAUAAGCUUUCAGACAGGGACCGGAUCCUAGUUGAACACGCUCACGAGAAUAUCUUAACCUUGCUGAAAAAGAACAGACAAAAUGUGAUUAAGCAGUACAAUUAUAACUUGAACAAGUACGAGCUUCACAGGAAGAUACUUCUCAACUGGGUCGACGCUCUUUUAGAGCUAAACAUCGUGAAUUUAAAGAUGGACGAAGUUGAGGGUAAGCUUGAGAAUGAGUUGAACUCUGAUGCGCUUGAAAACGCUGAAAGUUUGCAGGAGGAAGUCGCUGUGUUGGUCAGGAAUCUCACCAACUCUAAGCAGGUCCUCUCAUCACUUGAGGAUGGCGACUUGGAAAUUGAACAUGUUGUAAAGUUCAAGGAUCCAGACUCAGAAAAAUUAGCUGAAUUGAUUGUAAAUGAGGCCAGUUAUAAUGAUAUGCUCGAGUUCCUGCACGAUGCUCAUAGGCAUAAACGAAUAUCCACACCUUCGUAUGUUAAGGAAAUGAGGAGACUGAGUUAUGAGUUUUUCUCAUCUAAGCUGAGAAGAGAAGACCUUUUAAACCAAAUAUAAUUAAAU